AAUUAUCCAGGGUCUCACAACUGCCCUCACAUUUUCGCUUUCCCUACAGAAUCACAUUUUCCAGCUUCACAAUCCCUAAUUUCUCUUCCCUACAUCGAAUCUCAAAUUCUCCAUAAGCUUCUUCUCACCACCAAAGUCGUCUUUAACGACGACGAAACCUUCUCUAAAGCCUCUCUCACCGUUGACGAACCCCCCUUCAUCAAACUGCUCCACCAACGAGUCGAGACCUUGGAGAGAGGUUGACGCUGCCAUCACCACUGUCGCUCGAGUUCGCUCCGAGAAACGACAAGCCGAGGCGGCUCAGAAGGUCACCGAAUCGCGCGCUCAAUAGCUCCGAGCAGCUUCUCUCUCCUCCUCUUCCCAUUUGUCCUUGAUUGAGAAAUGGCCGCGAUUCUUCUUAGGAAACGGAUUAGGGAGUUAGUCGGAGGGACUUUCCAAUGCCCUGUUUCAGGGAUAAUGAGAUUUUCGGUGAAAUCUAAAUCUAACAACUUGUUUGUCGUGGACUCCUUGGCCAUGGUUAAAAGAUUAGAAGAGGAAGGAAUAUCCUCUAAACAAGCUCGGGAAAUAACAAAAUUGGUGACAAAAGUUUUGAAUGACGCUGUUGUAAAUGUGUCUCCGUCCAUUGAGGAGAUACUUGAAGUUAAUAUGUCUAAGUUUAAAGAAGAGGCGCAUAAGUCGCAGGAAGAAAAGUUUAGCCAUAUGAAGAACAAGAUACUAACUGAAAUGAGGAAUGAAAUGAAACCAUAUUAUGCCGCAACAGAAUUUGACACGACAAAAUACCUCAUCGGAACACUAGUUUCUAUCGGUGCACUUAGUCUUGGAAUAUUUCUUAUUUGGAAUCAAUAAAUUGUAUUAUGUUUGCGAAGGAUUGGGACCAUAAAACUCCAUAUAAUAAAUAACUUGUUUUAGCAUUUUAAUCAUAAAAAUGACUUGUUGACUAAUUCCAUUAUGAUAACUCUGAGAUCUUUAUCAUUGUCU